GACGGAGCCGCCACCGCGUGUUGGCGUCGCGACGUCAGUAUGCGGUCGCGCAUUCCACGCGGGAACACCUGUUUGCUGCGACGGCGACGGCUGCAUCGGCUCGCGUGUAACAACGCGGUCGCGCUCGGUUCGCAUAAGCGAGACAAAGAGGGUGAGAACGACGAGAGAAGGCGGGCGACCAAGGGGAGGUAGACCAAGAGGGAGUUCAUAUCGUCGAUCCCAGAGAGAAAGCGCUUACAGCGUUUUAUCGUCAGCAAUGCUCUCUCUCUGGGGCCAGAGGUACAAAAUAGGGAGAGGAGGAACGACACGCAGCGAGGGCAGCGACAAAGAGACGGACAAGCUGAGGGAGGACAAAGAGGCCUCGACCACGUGCCGCUCGUACUUCUCGAUUGUCAUACACGCCAUGUCGCCACGCAACGGCUCCUGCGUGGCGGAAGUGAGUUCCGUGAGGAGUCUCUCCUCGGACGAUGUCUCGGCGGCCAAGACGAGCCGGAAGAAGACGUGCUGGGCCCGCGCGACCGAUCCGGCUCACCGUCGUGGCCGCAGGAUUCAGCUGCUGCAGAUGCUGGUGCUGCCGUUCAUACCGAUCCUCGCCCUGAUCGUGCAGACCGCCAACACCCUCCACGACAUCCUGAUCUACCGCCAGGAAGUGGCCGACAUUGAGUCGCAGGUGACGAUAGCCACGGACCUGGGCAAGAUGGUCACUAGGAUGCAGCUGGAGAGAUCGGAGGUGGCCUUCUUCAUCUACACCAACGGCAACACUCUCAGGUCGAACCUGACGCAGAGAUUCGCCAUAACCGACCAGGAUCUCCACAAUAUGAGCACGUGGCCGCUGGUGUCCGUGCCGAGAGACGAGAGCAAGACGCAGACGUACGACGUGGUGAGCAAGGAGGCUUUCCAGGCACGGCUGGAGGAUUUCAGGCAGAAGAUAAGCUCGGAGGAGAGCAGCAUCACGGAGGUGAUGGCCUGGUACACGAGCGUGAACGCCGCAAUGCUGGAUCAUCUGACUAAUCAGAUCAAGGAGACGGACAACAGCGGCGUGUGGAGGUAUCUGAUAGCCUUCAAGAAUCUCUUGCGCAGCAUCGAAAGCCUCGGGAUCGCCUCGGUCGAGGGGAUCAACUAUUUCGGCCGCGGUAUCCUGAUCGGUGACAACUACGUGAGCUACGUGCGCCACGAUGCUCUGGGACGCGAUCUGCUGAACGCCGCUCUGACGUACGUGCCCUCCCUGAAAAUGUUCUACGAUGAGCUCACGCAGACCAUACCCGAGUACGACAAGAUCAAGGCAAGGCGGGGUGAAAUUCUGCGGAAUCAGAAGAGGGAGCCGAGCGUCGACGACGCAAUCGCUUACUUCGACUCGAUGGCCACUUACAUCGACGAACUGCGAAAGCUGCAACGGGAAUUGCGUCACAUGAUAAGAGACUACGUCAACUCGACGUUGCAAGACGCCAGCAACAAGGAAGUCGCGGGCAUCGCCAUCGUCGUCCUGGUGCUGGUGGUGUCGCCCAUCAUCAUCAUACUGAUGCGCAACGCUGUCGCCACCAUUCAGAUGUAUGCUGCGAAUCUGGCGCAGAAGGCGCGCGAGCUCAAGCGCGAGAAACGGAAGAGCGACACGUUGCUCUUCCAGAUGCUUCCGCCCAGCGUCGCCCAGCAGCUCAAGCAGACUCAGCAGGUGCCAGCGGAGUAUUACGAGGCGGUGACUGUCUACUUCAGCGACAUAGUCGGCUUCACGGAGAUCGCCGCGGAAAACACGCCCCUCGAGGUGGUGACGUUCCUCAACUCGAUCUACAAGCUGUUUGACGCCCGCAUCGAGUGCUACGACGUCUACAAGGUCGAGACCAUCGGCGACUCCUACAUGGUCGCUUCCGGUCUGCCCGUCAGAAAUGGUGACAAGCACGUGUCCGAGAUCGCUACCAUGGCGUUGGACCUGUUGGCGGCCUCGUCGGUCUUCCAGGUGCCCAAACGCCCUGGCGAACGUCUUCAGAUAAGAAGCGGGGCCCAUACCGGGCCCGUCGUCGCCGGGAUCGUCGGCAGCAAGAUGCCACGCUACUGUCUCUUCGGUGACACCGUGAACACGGCGAGCCGCAUGGAAUCGACCGGUGAAGCCCUGCGGAUUCACAUCAGCUUGGAGAUGAAGAAGGCGCUCGACGCGGUCGGCGGAUUCAAGAUCGAGCAUCGUGGUCUCGUCGAUGUGAAGGGUAAGGGCCUGAUGGACACGUACUGGCUAGAGUGCAAGGACGGCGGUAUCGCGCGCGCCGCCGAGCUCGAUCUACCAUCGUUCUUCGAGGACGUGCGACCAGUCUUCAUGCGGCGCCUACGCGAGGAGGGUCGCAGGAACCGAUUGUCCCACCCGAAUCUGCACAUCACCCCAGUGAAAGCACAACCGCAGUCGCAGUCGAGCAUCGAGUCCCAGGACUCGGGCACGUACGAAGGUACCCGCUCCACCACCCCCUGCCCGCCCAGCUAUUCACCCGCGAGCCAGCGCAGCCGCUACUCGCAACCAAACUUGCCAACCCUGCUGAUCUCGUAUGAUCGGCGUUCCGGCGGUUCGCCCGACCGACGCAUUCGCAUGUCGCAGCCGACCCUGAAUUCCAGCCUGAGCGGCAUCAAUUUCGUCGGCAUGAAUCGUGCGGUCGGCGGCCGCCUCUCGUACACGAGCCUGCGGGCUGCCUCCGGCGACAAUAGCAUCAACGAGGAGGAACGGUUGUCAACACCGAACGUGCAUGCUCUUGGCGGCGGCAGUGGCAGCCCGCGUGGCAGUCUCACGAUGGAGAGGAGCUCGUCCCGGUUGUCGCAGCCGGACGUGCGCAGGUUCGUCCUGCGACAGGACAAGCGUGAGCGCCUGUCGCAACCGACCCUGGUCACCGGCGAUUACUAUCCCGGCCGGGGGCAGCAACGGUUAUCCCAGCCGUGCCUGAGCACCGGCCGGGAACUUGGCAGUAUUCCGUCGCCGUCGCCGCCGCCCUUCCCGCUCAAGCACAAGAGGUUCGCGCCGGCUGCUCUACAGGCAAGCCGACGCGACCGCUUGUCGCAGCUGGACAUCGGCGCCAAGUAUCGAAAUAUCAAGGAUCUGAGCGGUAGUGGCGGCGGCGGCGGCGGAGGCGGAGCCGGCAACGGUGGCAGCAGCGCCUCGCAGGUGAUGUUCAACCGCGAUCGAUUCUCGAUACCGGAACUGGAAACGCAGAACGACCUGCGGCUGAUCGCUGGCACGCCGAAGCAGCGAUUCAGCCUCGACAGCCAGCUGGCGAAGCAACGCUUCAGCCUGGAAAGCCAGGACAGCUGCAAGUCGCGGCUGCUGCCGAUCGCCAGCUCGCCGAUCUUCGAGCACCAACAGAUGAAAAUGGAGGACCUGACGUCCGGGAUGACGUCCGGUAGACUGAAGAGCCCGACCUGCGAGGGUCUCGAGAGCGUGAUCGUCGCGACCACGUCGCCGAUAUUCCCGCCGGGCGAGAGACGGUUUCUCUCUCCGGAUUUCCCGUUCACCGGCAAGAAGAUGUCGACAUCACCGUCGCCGCCCAAGUCGGACAUCGCGCCGACGAUCGCGAAGAAGACGCGCGGCAAACCACCGCCGAUCCCGGUCAGGGAGCGGAUGUCGGUGCCGGAGAUCAGGAACUCGAGUCUACGCCGAUUGCUGGAUCCGCCUGCUCGGCAACGGCACAGCAUCGCCGGCAACCUCAGGCAAUCCUUGCUGUCGCCGGUGAAGUUGUCAGAGUUCGGCACCAGCGGCAGGAAGUCACCGCGAUACUCGAUGGACGACGCGCUCGAGAAGCUAAAGAGGAUCGAGAAGGAGGAGAACCGACGGAACCAGGAGGCGAGCGAGGAGAGGAGCCAGGAAGACAGGGAACAGGAUCAGCUGCAGCAACAGGAUCAACAACAGGAGCCGAAGCACAUCCAACGACACUACUCGUACACGUACGAGACGCCGGGCGGCGACGAGGGUGGCGGCAUGUCCAUCCUCAGCAGGCUGAACGUCACGACCCUCGGCACACCAAAGCGCAAGUACCUGGAGAGCAACUUCGACGAGAACGAGCAGGUGAUCACGACGGUGAUCGAGAGGGAGACGCCGAUAAUCCUACCGAGCACGCCAGGCAAGUACACGAAGAAGGCGCAGGCGUACUCGAGCGAGACUCCCAAGUGGAUCCGCAAGUACCUGGAGAACGACAGCUCUCCGAGGAUAACCAGGAGGAGCUCGACCAUCGGCGGCAAGGACCAGGUCACCAGGACAAAUCGCAGAAGCAGCCGCAGGAAGAGCUCGCUCGAGUCGAUAGAGUCGGUGACGAAGAAGCCCGAGGAGAAGACCCGCUCCAAGUCGCUCAGCAGCGAGGAGCGAGGCUCUCUGAGCGUCAGCGAGCAGAAGAACGACGUGCGGGAGACCUACGUGAGAAUCGUGCCAUCCAGCAACGCCCAGGAGGAGAACAGGUACGAGGUUGGCGUGGAAACUACCGCCACUAAGUGGUCGAACGCGGAUAGCCGGGGUCUCUACGGCGACGACACCGACACCGACGACUCUACGUCGAUCUAAGCGAGAGGCAAAUUCAUACAGGAUCGUUCCGCAUUGGCGUGAUCGAGCUUGUACGUGUCCAAUGUCUAUGGAAUGAAGACUGUUGCGGAUGACUCUAAAGAUUGUCACGCAUCUCGAGUAAUAAAGCGAGUAAGAGCGCCUGCGAUCAUCUAACGAGCUUCCUUGAUGGAAACCUGUGAUCAAAUUUCAAUUGAUUUCAAUUGCAGAGAGUUGCGUCGUUACGCAGGAAAAAAUCUCGAUCGAUCGAAGGUCGUAUCAUUAUUAUUAAAAUUUGUGUUUCUUUUUGCUAGUAGGACAGAUAACUGGGGGAUGGUCGAAUUACGUGAUUCAGCCGAGGGAGAGGAGACUUGAUUCAGUCUCAGGAGACUAUCAGUGGAUCACUGGUUACCGACAUUUUCCAGAGUACAUCAAUCAGAGGAGCUAAUCAAAUAAUGUAUCCGACAUGUCAAUCUGCUUGAUCAAUUAAUCAGCUAAUGCGUGCCUGAUUAUAGAUGGGAAAUAUUGGAGGAAUGUAUAUUUUCGUGUCAAUACGAGGGCGGGAUUCUUUGAUUUGGAGAAAAAUGUGCACGUUUGAAACUUGCACUUGCAUUUAUGGGAUUCACAUGGUGAUGCUAUUGCAGAGCGAAGCGAGACCAACACGAGAGAACGAUCGACGAGACCGAUGACAAUCUCGACGAAAGAAGCCUCGGAUAUAUUUUGUACUUAAAGAAAAACGCUCGGCUCGACGUCUCGACGUCUGGUAGAGUGAUACCGGAAGCGAAGAUACCUAUUUUUGCACAUACAGAGAGGACCACGACGUGUGCGCGACCCUCCGCACGCGACGCGUUCAGCCUAACUGAUACUCAGUUCUGUGCUUUAUCAACUUCCUGAAUCCCCGAAGAAGAACUUCCCCGUCUUGUACAUAUCUCGUACUCGUCCAAGAAUGCGCGAAGCGAGGAGCCGAAGGAAACGUGCGGGAUGAUCGAAGGGAACUCAGAACUCUUCAAGAUAUUUAUAUAUCUUCUUAUUUAUAUGUCGAAUUUCACGACAAAAUUCUGUAAACGUUGCUUAUUACAUUUCUCCGCGUUC